AUGGCGGAUAUCGAACAACCGACACCAGUGGAGGAGACUCCGGCCGAGGAUGUUGAGAUGGAGGGAGCCGACCCAGCUGCUGGUGCUGGUACCGGCGAAGAAGCAGGACUCACAGAGCUGGAACCCGAGCCACCCAAACUCGUCCUCUUCGCAGAUCUAGUCAAAAGUCCCAUUGUCGAAGUGGUAGUAGGGACGGGGGAUGAACGUCAAACCUACUCCGCACACGAAGCGGUCCUUCUCAAAGCCCCCGCGCUGGCCCGGCAGAUAGCCGAAUUCACACCCGGAGGCCCCCGUCGCAUCGUCUAUCCGGAUGCCGAUGUUGAUGCCAUGGGCUCCGUGAUCGAGUACCUCUACACGGGAGAAUAUUUUCCCAAGAAGACGUCUGCCGCCCGUGACGCACCGUUGGAGAAAGAUCCUCGAUUGCCCGUUCCCGACGACGAAGGCCUGGGCCUGCUUGUCCAUGCUCGUGUUUACACUCUUGCCGACACGCUGCAGCUUCCCGAUCUGAAGUCCCUCGCGCACGGCAAGAUCCACCGCACGGCAUCGACCGCCAAGGGCGAGCUGGCGUAUGCCCGCUACGUGUACAAGGAGAGCAACCCGGAAGAUGCAACGAUCCGAAAGCCGGUUGCCGCGUUCUGGGCAACGAGGAGCCACACCCUGCGGCACGACGCCGAACCCGAAUUCAAGGCCAUGUGUCUCGAGUUUCCCCAGUUCUCGUACGAUGUUCUACAAUUGGUGCUCGAUAACAUGGAGAAGGCCAAACGAGGAGGUGGCGGCGAGGCCGAGGCAACGCAUCGUGGUCCGGCAGUCAUCCCAGGCAGCAGCCGCAAGCGCGCGAGACACAGCCAAGUGUAG